UCAGUCGGCCGUACGACCCCGCACUGUACAGCCACCUGCCGUCCCACGACAUACCGUUGCCUCCAAGUGACGAUGACGGCGACGACCCAUGAUGUUCUACCCUUCCUCUGGGCAGCGGUUCAACUCAGGAUUGGAUGGGGAGCCAGCUGCACAGGCAGGCAUCCACAACGACGUACAGUGAUCUGCUAGAGGGGCGUGCCCCGGCUGGUUAUGACGCAGGACUAGUGGAUCUCAGCUUCGGAUUGAGGUCCGGAAGUGCCGAGGAGGCGACGCGCACCGUUAUCGUGAACCCAGCUUUGGGCACCACCCACACACCGCCUCAAGUGACAACGCGGACUGGGCGAUCAGUUCCGUGUAGAACGACGACAGCAGGUGGCACAGUGGACGGACGACGCCCAAACGAAGAGUGGUCAGCAACGGWGGUCGUUGGUCGAAAGUUUUGGGAUGAUCAUCGGCGGCAAUCGCGUGAAGCGAGCACGGCCGGCAUAACGAGAGGGGUGGCGAAGAUUAGCGUGGGGGCGGAUGAUAUAUUACGCGAUGAAGACGGUGGAGUUGCGGAGGAUUGCGAGGCGGACGACGGGGCCGGUAACGACGACGAGGACAUGGAGAUUCGUCCACUGGGGAGAAAGCGGGGAGGGUUGACGGCCGCGAAAAAGUUGCCUGAAAUGCGCACGGGGCGGAGGGGUAAGAAGGGUGUGGAAGAUGCGUCGCCUGACGAGGGAUCGAAAAGCCGGGAUUUUUGGACCGUGGAGCACAUGAUUGCUCUCAUCCGGGCAAAAAGAGACCAGGAUUCGCAUCUUGUCGGUCUCGCGCACACCACGGGAAGGAUGAAGACGAAGACAUGGAAGUGGGACGACGUGGAGAAGAGGCUGGUGCACAUGGGGGUCACRAGUAGAAAGGUCGUCGAUUGCGGGAAGAAAUGGGACAACCUGUACCAGCAAUUCAAAACCGUGCACAAGUUUAUGGGAGAAUCGGGGAAGCCAAAUUUCUUCACACUGACACCAGGCGAGAGGAAGGAGCGGGGGCUCGAUUUUCGGAUGGAUGAGUGUGUGUAUUCGAAGAUGGCGGCGAUGACCACGAGCGAUCACACCAUACACCCCACCAAUCUCGCCGACACCGGUGCGACUGGAGGUGUUCAAAUGUCGGCCCCACGCGGGGGUCGGAAUGAAUCCGGCGGUAGUGAGGGGAGCGGGGAUGGACAGGACGACGAUCAGGGGUCCACGAAGGAUUCUAUCAGUGGCGGUGGUGUUGGCGGGGGCAGCAAACGGAAGAAUGUGAGACAGCAGACCUUCGACAUGAUUGCAGACGUCAUGAAGGAGCACGGGAGUCUGAUAGCGUCAACCGUGGACUGCGCGAGCAAGGGACAGUGCUCAAUUCUGACCAGGCAGUGCGACAUUCUGGAGCGAGAGGUUGAAGUGCAGAAGGAACACUACUUUAAGGCCGACCAGGCGAACUUGAUGAUGUGCGAAGCACUUAUGGAGAUUGCUAAAGCGAUCCGCAAGCGAUCGAAAGAUGGCGGGGUGGGCGACGGUGGGGAAACCAACAAAGGCAGAGGCCACAUACCGAAGUCGAAAAGGCAGCGCAUCGAUGACGCGAGCUCCUCACAAACUGAGGACUUCCUCGCAGACGAAGUGGCUAUGGUGGACGCGCAAGGGACGACAGGGGUCGUGAGGUUGGGUUUCGGGCGGGAUGGAGUGUCGAGGGAGCAGCUGCAAGCAGCGAGACGCAGCGUUGUUGGCGGUGCUGCCGGGACGGUGCCAAGGUCCCCAAACACGGCACGGGUUGUCGUCACGGCCGCGCGGGUCGCGGGACAAAUUUCGGCGGCGGCAGGCCAAGACGGAAAGCGGGAGGGCAAUGACGGCGACGACCGUCCACUUGUGUCGAGGGGGAAGGGAGCCCCGAAGGAGGACGAGCUGCAAGAGAAGGCCAAGUUGUGGGUUGAUUGCGACGCUUUCUGGGGUGAGGGCCCCGUGAAACCUCUGAGGGAGGCGGUAGGCGAAUGCACCGACUACUUCGUCACCGUCGCCAACGGAGACGCAAGAGCUGAGCCGCCUUCGAUGCUCAUCAUGCCACCGAACGAUGUGCCUCGCUUCAAGAUCGACGACCCGGCGCAGCGUGAACCGGCUCUCCGCAGAGCGCGCAGCGUGGAGAGAGUAGUGUUGCGCACCAUCCACGGUUGGAUCUUUAAAUCACAGUCGAGGUGGACUGGCUUCUCUCGUGCAGAGUCCUACAUCACGGUCGACUUCGCCAUGGACCUCGCACGAGCAGUUUGGCAGGCCUUGGAAUGGUCGAGAGUGGUAUCCCCUGCACUCGUCUACCACACGGUGGCGAUGAAGAUGGACGUGCCCCUGUGGUUCGCAGGAUUGAAGAUUGAGGACCGCCCGGAAGACGACAACAUGGCGGCCCGGCAGGAGGCGACAGUUCUUCUGCUGGCGGAGUGCUGGACAGAUGCGCUCUGGUGCGGACAGUGGGCGGAUGACGGGCGCGUAAAACAGGACAGGUUGUCCAGGCUGGCGGACUGUCUGCGAGCGUUGUUGUGCGCGGUCAUGUGGAUCAUGCGCAUGGGAGGUGAUGACAACCGAUCGCAUUACGAGGCAUGGUCGUACGCGUCCAUGGUCGCGAAACCGACGAUGAUAGGGGCGGGGUCGUACAUCUUCAACUGGCGCCAACACGUGGUGGACUCCGCCAACCUCGUCCUCCAUCGUCUAGGGAAGGCCCACCUCACGCUGGGAGAUUACCCGCAAUGCAUUCCGGAGUGGUGUGAUUGCGGGUUGGCGUUCGGGCACAAUGCUGCCCUGAAGAACGCGGCGGAGGCCGCAAAACACGGGUGAAUCGGCAGCGGGCCCGCGGCGGAUGACGAUGGAGAUGAUGGCAAGUGACACGUCAUCUCGAGCACAUGGCAGCGGGUUGGUGCGCAUCGUCGGCGCUUAGUCGACG